UUUUGCCAGACCGCCAAAUAACGUUUAUUGCAAACGAAGAAGCUAGAGAGUAUGGGUGCGAGAGUGUCUCCCGUCAAGAUGAUCGUCUUCACACUGUUAGCUGUGCUAGUAGUAGCAUGUUCAGCGCACUACAACGACCGCUAUGAUCAUUACUCGAACAGGUAUAACCGUUAUGGAGGAUCCAAUUAUGGGUAUCCAGAAAGUUCUGGUAGAUAUAGCCAAUAUGGAUGUCGCUAUGGUGACUAUUGUAACGAUCGCUAUAGUUAUGGUGGCUUAGGAGGCUACGGUGGUGGAUAUGGAGGGUAUGGUGGUUACGGCGGCUAUGGUAUUGGUGGUGGUUACGGCGGCUAUGGUAGUGGUGGUGGUUAUGGUGGCUACGGUGGUUACGGCGACUACGGUAGUGGUGGUGGUUAUGGUGGCUACGGUGGUUACGGCGGCUAUGGUAGUGGUGGUGGUUAUGGUGGAUACGGCGGCUAUGGUAUUGGUGGUGGUUAUGGUGGCUACGGUGGUUACGGCGGCUACGGUAGAGGUGGUGGUUAUGGUGGCUACGGUGGUUACGGCGGCUAUGGUAGAGGUGGUGGUUAUGGUGGCUACGGUGGUUACGGCGGCUAUGGUAGUGGUGGAUCUGGUGACUACAUUGGAUUCGGCGGCUACGGUGGAUACGGGGACAAUGACAUAUACGGCGGUUACAAUAGAUAUAGUGGCUAUGGCAGAUACGGUCUUGGUGGUUAUCCAUAUGAUAACUAUUAUAACCGAUAUGGAAAGAAAUGAGUGGAAACAAUGUCAUCUUCUCAUUGUUAGACCAUUAAAUCAUCGAAUCUGAGCAGGAAUGUCUUUAAUUUUCUGGAAUCAUUCAAGAACAAUAGUAGUUAAAAAAAUUUCAUCCAACUGAAAACAAACGCAAAAUGUGAUGGGAUUCCAUUUCUUGGGUAAAUAAAGAAAUAAAUAAUCAAUUUUCGUAUUUCAUUUCUUGAAACUCUAAGUGUGUUUUUCCCCUAGUGAUCAAGCUCUUAAAGAUAUAUGUAUUGAACACAAAUGUUGGAUUUAGAAGCUUCGUCAACUUUUGUAUUUCUGAAACAUAAAGAUGAAUAAACU